AUGAAAGGAGGGAUUCAUGAGAAUCUACCUGCAUGGUUAGAGAGAUUAAUGGGUGAAACAUUCUUUGGUGGUUGUGGGGUCCAUCAAGAUAGAAAGAAGAACGAGAAGAACGUCCUUUGCUUACACUGUUGUCUCUCUGUAUGUCCUCACUGUCUCCCUUCCCACCGCCAUCACCCUCUCCUCCAGGUGAGAAGGUAUGUUUAUCAUGACGUGGUUCGAUUAAGUGAUAUUGAAAAGCUGAUAGAUUGUUCCAAUAUUCAAGGCUAUACGAUUAACGGUGCAAAAGUGAUAUUCAUAAAAGAGAGGGUUCAGUCAAGGUCAUGCAAAGAUACUGCCAACGUUUGCUGCUCUUGUCACAGGAUUCUUCAGGAACCCUUCCAUUUCUGUUCUCUCUCAUGCAAGGUUGAUGACAUGUUAUGCAAGGGGGAAAGUUUGUCGAGCAUAUUAUACCGAUUCAAUGAAUCAGAUUUUUCAUACCAUUCCCAGUUCGUCGAGGGUUUAAGGGUUGAUAGCUCUGAGGUUAUUGACGAAGAUAAUGCCCAUUUUGCCCCUACUACUGAGGAAGCUACAUGCUGUUCAAUGAAUAAUAACACUAUUUCAUCCUGUGAAGAAGAUCACAACAACAAUAAACCCAAUGGUAAUUUCUUCCUCUCUCUUGGAAGUUGCAGGAGAAAGGGUGCACCUAAGAGGGCUCCUCUCUCCUAG